AUGAUGAUGACUGAUAUGUAUAAAGCAGUGGUGCCGGGACAAGUGCGUUUGACAAGGACGAGGAUUGUUUCGGAUGAUCCGAACAAAGGAUGCCUCCGAAACCGAAACCUUAACCUUGUCAAUGUCGUCGGCAAAGGCAAAUUAGGCGGCAAUAUUUCGCCCCUACAACCAAUGUCAAUCCCAAUCCAAAGAAGAAGGAGAUUAAUGGCUUCUUACAACAACAACAACAUCUGGCAUUGUAUUCCCUCCUCCUCGUACGGUGACCCCUGCCUUGAUCUCUUUUUCGACGCCCUCAGACCAGAAUAUAGAGAUGUUAACCCCUGCCUUAAAUAUCUUGAGCAACUGCUUCCCUUGGCCUGGUCCCACGAUCCCCUUACCACCCUCAAGCUCAUCUUCACCUUCCAUUCACUCUAUUUUUCUGAAAGAAAGUUCGACACGGCCUUGCUUUGGCUCCUCCACAACCACCCCAAGACCCUGUUACGCAACCUCCACUCUAUUGCCGACUUUCCUUUUUUCGACUGUCCCGGCCGUGAGAGUUGGUCCCUUGUCCAAAUUCUCUACAACGUCCUAGUUCAGAAACCAGACGGCCAAGUUCACGACGCUGCAACGCAUCCGCAUCUUCAUCCUGAGAGGUACCACCGUGACCCCGAUUAUAGACUGUUACACGAUCGGGUUAUACAUAUUUUCGUGGAGCGGUUGAAAUCUGAUAUUGACAAAAUGGAGCAAUCUGAUUAUAUCAGUGAUGCUGCAGCGUGUUGCACUUCCACACUAUUGUGGGACAAGCACCGCACGAGCACAAUUUUUCUGUGUGAUAGCAUUGCGAGAAGGCUUUCCCUUCCAGGAUCAGAUCAAUUAGAAGAGGAGUUUUUGGUGCCUUUGACCAAUUACGACAACAAAAAGAUUAAAAAGCAGAAUCUGGAGGAGGAGUAUUUGCACAAGGUGAAAGCAGCAGCAGAUUUAGGAGGCGGCAUUGGCAUAAUAAAGCCGGAUGCUUUGCUUCCGCAUCAGUUCAUAGGAUAUGUAGGAGAUAAGGAGAAGGAGGGUUUCGGCGAAGUAAUUGAGCUUCAGUGGAAGGCAAUGGUGGACUUGUACCAAAAGCAGGGCGAGGAUUUGAGCAAAUUCAAAAAUAUGUUGGUGGUGCCCCAGUGUCGACUGAAAUAUCAUUUAGAGAUUGGUUUGGGACUUUUGGUGUCUGAACUGAGCGAAGAGCCAUGGAAAGGAAAGUUGAUUGGUGGAGGAGGUGAGCCAUUCUUCAUACGAGGUGAUAAUGAUCUCAAGUCCAAGUGCGAGUUGUGGUGGAAAUCCGAUAAGUCUAGUGUUUUGGGUGUGAUUGAUUUAAUUUUGGAGGUGGGUGUGAAUAUGAAUUUGAAGGCAGGGCAGAUGAUCAAGAAGGUGAUUGUGUUCACUGAACUAGAAUCAAGGGAGUUACAGUACCAGUUGCUCCGGAGCGAGUAUGAGGCAAUACAAAGCAAGUAUAAGGACAAAGGGUACGGGAAUGAUGCGGUGCCACACAUUUUGUAUUGGGAUUGGGAUUGGGAUUUUCAGACGUCGUCGGAUUCCUGGAUUUGUACACAACAUCCAGGCUUCACGAUGUUGAAAGGCUCCUCCGACAAUUUGGUCAAGUCCUUCUGCCACAAUGCCGGGGAAAUUGGUCCGCUCCAUCUCAUGGAAGCAACCAUCGCUGGCAAGGAGUAUCAAACUUUCACUGUAGUCGAUUGA